CCAAACAAAAACCAUACAUGUAAGCCCAUUGAUCUCUUCAUUUCAAUAGAAAUUAUGCAGAUACUUUCUUCUCAUCAUCAAAAAGAAGCAGCAUCGCUGAGCAGAACCCUUUCAACGGGGAAUCAUCGCGACCGUCGAAGCAGCAAUUGUUGUGUGGGAUCGUUGGCCAGGGCUCGGCCGGCUUGUACAUGCUCUAGCCACCCUGGCGCGGUACCGUGUAGACGACACGGGUACGUUGUGCCUGAUGAGAAACCAAAGAAUCAGCAAGCAUAUAAGGAGAUAUUGAGGAGGGCUUUGACACCUACAGUUCGUCAAUUAAGCCUCCGCCGGUGGAAUUUCCGGCCAACGCCUAGUCGACUCUCUAACAUGUCCACGGCUUAAUAUAUAUGUAUGUAUGUAUGUCUCUACCAUGUACAUAUAUAUAUAUUAUAUCAUGAUGUUAUGAUGUUGAUGUACUUCUGGACAUGAGUGUAAAUUAGUCAAUUCCUGUCUA